UCCAGUGAGUCAGUCACGGUUCGGGGCUCGUCGUGGAUGUAUGCCACACACGGUAAAACGGAAUCGGUACCGGUUAGCAAGCGCGCUCGCGGUCGUUGACGCAGUGUGUUCGAAUUGUCCUAUGUGAGAGGUGCCGCUGAUCGUUCCCUUCCCACACGGAGAACGGUUUGGACGGAAGGAUUUUCGCCGCACGCUUCUUCCGAUAUUGCACUGGACCGGGCCCUCCUCGGACUGGGGCCCCGAGAAUGCGUGUGAUGCGCGUGGGAAGAUACGGUUGAUUUGUGACGUUUGGUGGGUUUCGAUCUCGAUGGAUGCGAAAAAAAGUUUCAGAUUUUUUUGUGAAACUUCGGAAAGCGAUCCAGGAUUCCUUCCUCAUCCCUGGAAUCGAAUCACACAGGAAUUUUUUGAAGUGAUUCCAAUGAAUACAGCUCAAUAAUAAUAAUGAUGGUUCAAGUGAUGUGAAUUAUAAUUGAAGAACGUAAUGAAGCCAAUGUAGCUCAAUAGCUGGUUUAAAUCGUAAAUCCUGUGGAUUUGAAGAGUGACUCUUGAAGUGCCGCUGAAGGAUUUUCAAUUAAACAGAAAGGGAAUUAUAAUCUAUUGAACUCAUACGCAGAUCCUGAUCCAGACCAGUGAAACAGUACAAACUCGCCUGUUAAUGUGUCUGUGGGAGUGUAAGUGUGUGGAUAAGUGGAUUAUGUGGGGUAUUUGAACAUUCCCGCACUGCAACGGCUCUAUUCUACGAUCGAUCAUCGUCGCGAUUCCGAUUGACGUUGCGAAAAACGUUUGUGGAAUGGCACGAAUUUUCCAUCGUGCGGCUCUUCCGGUGAUAUAGCGAUAUCCGUUACGCUAAGUUUAUUGUACGAUUUGGAGCACGUGAGCAACCCACCCCUACACGACGGUUGUGUGUGUGCGAGUGGAAAGGGUGGAUGAGACCAUGGAUCAUAUUCACGCCCGACUGGGUCUCCCUUAUGGUGGGGGUGGCGGUACCUCCAAUCGGUGAAGAGAGGAAUAUAUCGCCCCGUUGGAUGGAUGGAUAGAUUAUGACUCCAACCGGUGUCUAUUGUGAGGAGUGCACGAGGAGCUUCACCCAACGCUUACACACACUCAAGGUGCGUACCUCACCGGCAACGGAGCAAAGCUUUGAAUCAGGAACAAAAUAUACUGAAGCAACUCAGUGAUGCAAUUACACAUCCAUCGCUUAGGAAAAGAAAAAGAAAAUCGAUUAAUUACCUUCCAAGUGCGACGACAGUGAAAAAAGACGCAACCAAAGAGUAGUUAGUGGUGAGUGUUUCACAUACAGGAAAGAGAAAAAGAAGAAAGGUUGAUUGAAAAAAGGUGCCAUCAAAUUAAACGAUUCACAGUGUGUGGGUGCGUUCAGUAAAUAGUAUUCGGGGGCGAGGAGGGCAAAAAUAUGUUUGCCUCGAAUCAUUUCCGGCUGCAUCAGCAGCAGCAGCAGCAGCAGAAGGAGGAGGAGCAGCAGCAGCCUGGCACACGACGACGACGACGACAUCGACGCCAGGAGCCGGCUAUGCAUCACUGUCAGCGGGCGUCGUCGUUAAAAGCCAAUCCAUCAGAGGCUGCCGCUGGUGUUGUCUUCCUCGGUGGUUGUGGUAGCAGUUUUAGUGAUGAUAACAGUGAUAGUGGCCGGGGGGAAAAGUAUCGAUUUCAGGAGCGAUUAGACUUACAGCAGCAGCAUCACAAAUGUAAGAGCUACCGCAGAACGUUACCCAUGGCCAUUACAACGUCUUCGCGAUUUGAAGUGCGCGACGAAGUGGGUGAUCAUUCGUUAGCCGAAAAUGGUUCCGGAAGCUGGCAGCAUACGUGCAGUAGCUACAGCUCCAGUCGACGCAAGAUUGGCAGGAGAUAUUGGGGUGGCUUAGCCAAUGUCUUUCUCGCUGCGAUAUUAUUCCUGCUGGUGGCACACUGUCCCCGGAGUGGAUGCGACGAUACCGAGCAGUUCCAGAAGAACAGAAAAUUUACGCCCACCACCGCAACUGUCGAUACGAUUCCCGCCCGAAUAGUGUGGGCCGCAGUGGACAACGACGCCGAGCUACCCUGCGAUAUCACCCCUCCAGGGCCCCAGGACGGCGUGAAGCUGGUGCUUUGGUUCAAGGACUCAACCGGAAUCCCGCUGUACUCGGUGGACUCCCGCUCGGGGGUACCCAUCUCGGGCGCCCAGCACUCAACCUUUGCCAGCGAUCUUGGCCAGCGGUUGUUCUUCUCGGUUGGAAGUACCCCGAAGGAGGCGAGGCUGCAGGUGCGCAACAUCAAGCAGUCCGACGGUGGGGUCUAUCGGUGUCGGGUGGAUUACUUCAAUUCGCCCACCCGCAACUACAGAGUCAAUUUGACGCUCGUCGUGCCACCAGAUGAGCCGCGGAUCUUCGAUGCCCAGGGAAAAGAAAUUUCUGCGGUGGCAGGUCCCUUUCGAGAAGGUCACGAGCUGUUUCUGUCCUGCCAGGUCUCAGGAGGUCGCCCUCCGCCGAGAGUGUCGUGGUGGCACGACGGCGUGGAAUUCUCUGGUGCCAGUCAUCCGUCCGCAGUCGAUGGCGCUUCGGCCAUGGUCAAUCAACUUUUUAUUGGGACCGUCACGAGGGAACUGUUUGGGGCCAAGUUCGUGUGCAAAGCAGCCGGCUCCAAGCUGGUUCCAGCGGUCUCGAAGGAGGUUUCCAUUCAGGUCCAUUUGAAACCGCUGCGGGUGAAAAUCGUUACCCCUAACGAGCUGCUCACCGCGGGUCGUCCGAUUCCGAUCAGGUGUGAAUCCUGGGGCUCCUAUCCGGCGGCGAAAAUCACCUGGCUGCUGGACGGGGAGCCACUGCGAAGCGCCGACAUCACCGUGCACAGUGACAACAAUGACGCGAAUCUUACCUCCAGUAUACUGAUGCUGCGAGUGACGGCCGACAAUAAUGGUGCCGAGCUGACCUGCCGGGCGACGAACCCAUGGUUUUCUGGCGCUGCCAUCGAGGACAGACGGAUUAUCAGCGUUGCCUACGAGCCGGUGGUGUCGGUCCAUCUGGCCAACGAGGACCCCAGCCGUGUUAUCACCCGGGCGGAAGCGGAGAACGUUACACUGAAGUGCCGAGCCGACGCCAGACCACCGGUGACAUCCUAUUCCUGGUACAAGAACAACAUGCGUAUGUCGGGCGAAAGCAGCGAGACGCUUCACCUCACCCAGCUGGAGCGGGAAAGCGCCGGUUCGUAUGCGUGUGCGGCGUCCAACACGGAAGGAGAAACGCGCAGCUCCUCAAUCACGUUGAAGAUACAGUAUGCGCCCCGUUGCAAGCCAGGAACGGAGCAAACAUCGAUCGGCUCGCUUAAUAUGCACUCGCUGCAUGUUCGGUGCGAAGUCGAGGCCGACCCGCCGGAUGGGGUGCGUUUUAGCUGGACCUACAACAACACCCGCAACGUGUCACCGGUGCUGAACUCACGCAUAAGCUCGCACGGUCUCGUCAGCACCAUGACCUAUCUGCCCCAGACAGAUGCCGAACUGGUCACGCUCGCCUGCUGGGCCAUGAACAGUGUCGGACGGCAAACGGUGCCCUGUUUGAUUCAUAUUUUACCUGCCAAAAUCCCGGAAACGCCCCGUAACUGCGAGCUGCACAACGACACCGUGCUGGAAGUGGUCUGCCAGGCCGGCAGCGAUGGAGGCCUUUCGCAAAGCUUCCUGCUAGAAGUGAUCGGCGGAACGCCCCCACCCAUGUUCAGCCUGGAUUACACCCGAAGCCCACCGACGGAGAUUGACAACGAAAUUUCCACCAUGAACGACCAGGCCACAUUAGCACCGUUAUUUCGGAUCCAGGAGCAGCAGCCGCUGUUCAAACUGCACAGCCUGGAACCCGGCCGGGACUACCAGCUGCUGGUGUACGCCGUGAACGCGAAAGGCAAAAGCGAACCGCCGUUCGUGAUUGACAAAGUGCGCGUCGGGUCGGCACUGAUACCACCCUACGUGGACGAAACCAUCAUCUCGGAGGGUCCCACACCGGCGGAAACAUCGAACGCGGACAAGCAGAAGCAGCAGUCGCAGAUCGUGAUGUUUGCCGCAGUGGCGGUGGCCAUCGGCAUCAUCCUGACCGCCACAAUCAUCGCCGGCUUCGUGACGAUAUGCAGACUCAAGCGACCGAAGCCGCCCGAACCGCAGGAGGUUCGCAAGCGAAUGCGACCUGCCAGAACCGAUGUGCCAUCGAUGUACGCCGAGGACGACGUGUUCGAGGACGAUUUCCAGCGCCAAGCGGGGGAUCCCCGGUGCAGCAGGGCGUCCUCCACCCUGCGGAGUAGUCGUUACAUCUCCGAGGGAUUUGUACAGUAUUCACAGCCUAGUCUUAAUGUCUAUAUUACAGAUCCGGACCUAAUUCUUCCGCGCGGUGGUGACAUCGAGUUCACAACCCUUACCGGGGCCUAACAGUGACAGUGGUGCAAAUGAGUGCGAGGGCGUAUGCAGAGUACCAACGUGCUGAGGGGAAACUGAGUGUGAGUUGUGUAUGUGUAAAAUAAGAAUACAUUAAACGAAAACAGUAACACUUAAGUGGCGGAGAGCGCGCAAACGCAUUGUUGUGCGGGUGAAAUUCCAGAAUGAAGCAUUUUAAGCAUUGAGAUAGGACAAGAGUCAAACGGGAAUUGCGUAUUUUGAGGAAACGAUAGGAUAUUGAGGUGUGAAAGCACAGUAAAUUAAAGCGACGAAAAAAAAAUUAGAAGAUUAUUCUUAAUUAUUCUGUAACAAACAAUAGAUUGUGAAGCGAGAUGAUCAAAACUUGUCGCUUAUGAGCGAUGAGCAAAACACGACAGGAGAACGCGCAAAGUAAAAACAAAACAAACCAACUGAAACCUAAAACAAACACUAUUUAUAUUUGAGUAGAUUUAUUUUUAGUCUAGCGAAAUCAAAGAUGGUUUAUCGAGAAGCAAGUUACUGUAUAAAUAUUUGUUAAUGGCGGAGAGGUUCAAAUCCAGGCGAGAUUGAUGUAAAAUAAUGUUUAAGAAAACAGAAAAAAACCCAUUACAAAAACACGCAUAGUGCAAAUGGCACUCUCGUGAAGGUAAAAGAUACAAAAAUGUAGGUAAAACGAUAUUAGUUUAGUCGCUGAUAUUUUUUAUAUAAAAAAUCGACACAGUCACGAAAAUCAUCAAUGGAAUGAAUGGAUGUCAACAAUCAAAAUUUCGUUUAAUGAAAUAAAAGCCAUGGUU